AUAGAAUUGUCAAAAUAUGCAGGUGACACGUAACUUUUUGUAAUUAAAUUAUCAAUUUUCGUCCUCCAAAUGUGUAAAUCCGUGAAAAUUCUCGUUCGAAAAGUUCAAUAAGCACGCGGCAAAAUGUCCGACAAGAGUUUCGGUGAUCAUUUCGGUAGGAGUGUAGUGAAAAAUCCUUUAUUAUCAAGUGCUAUGACCGCCCUGUCUCUGGAAGAUCUAAGUCAUGCCGUUUUGCUGCCUGCCGAGCCUCUUCAACCAGCGUCCGCUAGUUCCGAACGAAAAGCGUCCGAAACUCGCAGCACCAGACAUGAUCACGAAGACAUAUCAUCGGGGGACACGAAUAAGCAGCGGCUGGUAGAAUACGCGACGCUGCACGAGAACCGGACGGAUCAAGACGCCCUGAGCGCGGCAGCUUCGAAAGCCGACGACGAGUUCGACGUCAGCGUAUACUUUGCUAGGCUACAAGGCACCAAAUACAUCAGCGCCCCCCUCCACAUCGACGGCAUACCCAGAGACGGAAACGCCGCCAUAGGAACCGCCGAGGAGAACCUGGAGGAGAUAAAUUUAAACGAGCCGGAUAAACCGCAGGAUUCGCAGCAGAGUCUGACUUCAGAUCUUGCGCAGAAUCUGUCGCAGCUGCCGAACGUCUUGCCGCACGUGGCGAGCGCCGUUUUUAGCUCGUUCUCCAGUAUGCUGAAUCUGAAGGGCAGCAGGGAGCAGACGCCCGAGAACUUGAAGCCCAGUUGGGGGGCACCGGUGGUGCGCGAGGCGGAAACGACGGCCCCCAGUCUUAGGGGUGUGGAGGAUGCCAAGAACGUCGCGCCCCCACCCAAGGAGCCACCGAUUGGCGGUAUAGGAAGCUACAGGAUAGCGACAAAGAAAAAAUAUGCUCAAAUACCGGGUUUGACGACCGGUGUGGAUAGUGCCGCGCACUUGGCUAUGCCCCCGCAUCGACCUCAAACGUCUAGUGUUCCCCUAGGCCCGACCGCAACCGAGAAACCUUACCCAGAACCGUCCACAGGCCGAAUACAAUAUUUCACACCCGACACUUCUGUGACCCAUCAAAUUCCCGAAGUAGACGUGAAUAGAGAACCAAAUGUUUGUGCUUCAGUGAACGCUUUUGAUGUUAAAGAUGACGUUGUUCUAACUUACGGAGAUUUAGGUCCGAAUGAACGUGUAGCUAGUGCUGAUAUCGCGGGACCAGAGUUUCCCGUGCAAUCGGCUUCGACGCCUGUCAUACCGCCACCGCCAAUGUUCACCAAUGUCAAAAAGGACACGUCGAUAUGUAAAUCGGUAUUACCUCCCUCGGUAGCUAGGCGAAUAUCGUCCAACCAUCCAAUAAUCAAACCACAAGCGAUAACACCAUCGACCAUCACCAACAUAUUCGUUCCAACGCUCCAGGAUGACGGGCAAACUUUUGACCAAACUCAUUUAAAGCUGUUGGAUCCAAUGGUUACGUCGACGACGCCAGAAUUUAGCGAAACGCCUACAGGUCUUCAGUGUGGUUCGGCUAUUGUACCCGUUUCGAUGUUCGGAAGUGAAGAUUCAAGAAGUAGCGUACCUUUGUUUUCUUCGCUAACUUCUACUUCUACCAUAGCGUCUUCAGUAGUACCAGAAUCAAGCAUUAAGGAACUUUCUUCAUCCAUAGUAAAUACGCCUAUAGAAGGAAUUGUUUGUGAUGAUACAAUAAAUCAACCAACGACCACCAAUUUAUCUCUACAGCCAGAUUUAAUAAGCUCAGUAACAAUGCACAUACUUCCUACGACGAUUCCGAGUGCAAAUCCAAUGUCUACAGGCCAACAUGUGAUAAAAAAAUCCGAGAUACAUUUUGAUCCAACGAACAUUGACCAAACUUCAAUGGAUUCCGCAGUUCAUAACGCAAGCGCAUUUGUUCCUUCAACGAGUAUUCCAUUAUUCUUGAACCAGCAAACAGCCAAUGUACCAACCGACUCAUUGCAAACGCCACCAGAGCCACCUAAAGCAAUAGGAAAUGUUAAUUUUAGACUCAACAAGAAAAGACCGCAGUAUUAUUCCGGUCCCGUUGAAGGUAUUGGAGCGAUCAGUAAUAAUAUUAAGCCUGUUAUAGCUCCGGUGGACGCUAAUAUUUUUCAAGGUGCUCUUUUCACUCCUACUCAUCCAGCUGAUCCUCAUUUAACAUUAGCACAACAGCCUUUUGAUAUUAAUACUCCAGCGAACCCUGCACCUUUUGACAUAAGUCAUCCACAGCAAUCGAGUGAUCGGCCAGAGUUCAAUACAAGCUUUGAUCUAAGCCGACAGACUAAUGAAGUUUAUGAACCGACAAAAGAAUCCUCCGGUUUCGGUAUAAUCGGAUCCUUGAAAUCGAAACUCAAUUCGAUUGAUAUAAAUAAAAUUCAAAGUAAGGUUACAACAUUCUUCGAUCCCGCUUAUAAUAAUGAGGGUAAAAUCGAAGAGGAAACUUCACAGACGUUUCAAGAUCAAAAUACAUUCGCUAAUCACUACGCUCAGAAUCAAGGGAGUAAUUUUGAGAUAUUCGUUCCAAACAUCGAUGCUACAUCCCGGAAUCCGCACGAUAUGCACGCUUACGAACAGCCGAGCCAGUAUCACCAGAACCCCUACAGUUAUUACCAGAGCGAAGGUCAAAAUUACCAGCAACAGGCUCAAAUGAUUUAUUCGUCUACCAUGCUCUAUCCGGGGUCAAAUUUAAACGAAAACAUUAGCAAUACAUCAACCUAUCAUACACCCGGUUUUAAUAUCACAACGGAAACGGCCCAUACAACUCCACAUUCGAUAAUUACUGAUUCAAAUAUUAAAUUUCCUGCCUUAGUUCCGUCUAAAGAGAAUUUUGACAUAAAUCAAAAUACAGAAAUCGCCAUAAAGAAUAGUGAACUAAAAACGGAACAACUGCAAAAUUUACCAACGUAUAAUGUUCCACAGUUGGGUCAUUACAAUAAAGAAAUUCCGAGUCGGAUAGAAGAGCUCACGAGAACUGCACUACAGAAAAAUGAUAACGUUAAAACUGCUGAUAUUGAUAAAAUGUAUCCAAUUUUAGCAGUUAAAGAUUUCUUCGACAUACCACAACCGAGUCAAUUAUUUAAUCCAAUUGCUUCUACAGAUUCAGUAGCAGAGAAACUCUUGCAAGGUACUUUUCCGACCAAAUUGGAGCCAUUAUUUAAAGUGAAUGAAGAUUUACCUGUGGCGGCUUCUAUAUUCAGAAGUCCGGUCGAAGGUAAUCUUGAACCGGCUCCCAUUGGAUUCAAAACAAGUCAAAAUACGACCGAAUCUCAAAAAGUUAUUAAAGAUGCUCUCAACGAUGACGAACAAUUCGAUUUCGAUUCAUUAAUCAAACCGAUCGAUAAAUUAAUAGAUGAUCCAUUUGAUGAUUUAGAAAAAGAAGAGGAAAUAAUUCCUUUAAGAGAAACUAAUCUGGUUGAAUCGUUGUCGGCCGAUCAGAUACCUAUAGUAGGAGUUUCUACUGUUCCAUUAUUCGGUCUGUCGACUAUUAUCGCUGAUAAGCCGAAAGAGGCAGGCAGCGAGUCAAAGAAAAUAAUUUUCGAGCUGCCAAAAACCGAGAUAUUGAACGCGAACAAUAUGAGCUUAUUCGAAAACUUCGCGCCCCCCCAAAAGAAUACAAGGGACGACAGUGAAAGUAGAUCGGACCUCAACAUGUGCGUGACUUGUAGGGAAGUGAAGAAGCCAGGCAAAGAAAAUGAAAUAGAUAACUUGACCAAUCAAUUAAUUGGGAAUUUGACAUCGCCUAUACAACUUUCGAAUGCUGUGGAAGUGUCACUUGUUGAGACAAAUGCGACAGAUAACAGAGAAGGCAAUGUACAGGGUGCUGAAAAAACACAAAUUGCUGCGGAAACUACCGGCACGAUUCCUAUUCAUUCAGUUACUGAAAAUGAAGAGAAGGGUCCAAGAGAAUUCGGAUGGACGGAUAAAACUGAAUUUUCUGCACAGCAACCUGAAGACCAUGACUAUACCUUCAAACUAGAUCCAAACUCAAUAGGAUUCUUUGGAAACAAUUCUUUGUUCUUUGACAAAGUGCCUAGCGUAAGUGAAGAUUUAAAGACUGAAUUUGAGAAUACAAAAGAAAAUCAGGGGCCGCGUUGUCCUGAAAUACCAACCGCUCCACCAGCGGAAGAAGAUAGUACAUCAGAAGGAACAGGUGGCUUAGACGUCCACUCCAUAGAACAAGACGCUAAUAAAGAUUUCCCCAUCUACGAAGACUUUUUAAUAGAACCAUCGGAAACUGACGAAAACAAAACCGAGUUUGGAAAGAAGGAGAUGAAUCAAGAUGCGAAGGAAUCUGACACGUUCACGAACAGAAUUGACAAAUUUAAAAAACUAGAGGAGACAGUCGAUCAUGAUGAUAUUUUUGACAGAACUUCACUUUUUACUUUACCACCGAAGACAAGUCCAGCAAUCACAAUAGCCUCGUAUUUCGAUACGGGGAAUUACGCAGCCGAAACGCACUACCGGAAUUCGUUUGGCUCACCGCCCAGCGCCGGUUAUCCGGUCUCAACCAGUAUGAGGAUCCCACCGGGUUUCGAGGAGGAGUACCAUAGACGGAUGAGCGGAACUCUUCACGAUAAAGCAACCCUCGAUAAAUUGAAGGAUUCCGUUCCUCUGAUACCUGACACGACCACACAGACAUCUGUAAUUUGCACGAGUACUUACACCGCCCACAGGGAAGUGUCCCCAGAUCUUAAUUACAAAAUAGAAGCCAGCAUAGCGGGAAUAGUUGAAGAGGUGUUGACUGCGCGAGAACCGAAUGAAAAAUCAGAUUGUAUCACAACGUUUGCCGGUCAGAACGCUGAAGAGAUAGACGCAGUCAAGCAUGCCGCGAAUAGGCUUGGUGAUAUUAUGAUAUCCGAGCUAAAGAUCCCCGAAACAAAACCGUUACCGGAUCCCAUGAAUUUCUUUUCGUCACCAGAAGUUUCUAGAGCCGAACCGGGAACGUUUAAUAGAUUAGCUAGUUAUUUUGCUUCGCCGCCCGCCAGUGAUCCGUCGAAGUCUUUUUUUGAAUUGAGCCAAAGUCAAAAUCAUUACAGACACGCUAAUGACGGUCCCGGAGACUCUUCUCGUUUCGCGUACCAAAAUCAUCGCUUCGAUAAUAACGUAACGGACUCGGAAAAACAGAAAGCCACAUUCGAUCUGAUAAAAGAUUUGACGUCGACGCGUUACAUACCAAACGAACAGAUAGUCAGAACCGUAAAUUAUUUCACGAUUGAAUACGACGAUCCUAAUAUAAGCCGCCCUAGACGCGAUCCGGAUUCGAGUAAAAUCGAACCUAACCAUUCCGAGAGAGCGGAUGACAACAACGCGGCGUUCUAUCGAGACGUUAAAAUCUGUGAAUACUGUUGCGAUUUCAAUACGAACGUUUUUAAUAUAAACGAAGUUAGUUAUAAAGUUAAGGCGACCGCUAACGAUAAUAAUAACGCGGCCGGUAGUAAAGGCUGUGAUGUCAGCAUGGAACGUGUUAAUGCAGUCAAUAAAAACGUGACCAUAAACCUUGAAGGAGCAACCGACGGAGUCACCGAUGAUGCAGUUACCGUUCUCAGUGAGAACCGCUCUCUGGCCGAAUACAAUCCUGUGAAGUACCACUGGUUCUAUAGAGUCGACAUCGAAGGCAAAUCCAUAUGGAGGGGCUUCUCGGAAGUCGAUUCGAAAGCUCUCGAGGAAGCUUAUCUAAGCCCCGAUCUCAACGAGAAGACGCUGGUGGCAACUGAUGGAGGAAGGUAUGACGUGAACGUGGUGGGGAGACUGAGGACAGCCGUCUACUGGAGCGACAAGCCUACUAAUGUCUUAAGAUGUAGCUGGUUCUACAAGGGCACAACCGACGCGAGAUACGUGCCCUACUCGGAAGCGGUGGCCGAGAGACUUGAGAACGAGUACCUCCACGCCGUGACGACGGGCGAGUGGCACAGGAAACUGCUUCUGCCCAACAACGAGAUGGUGGUGAUGCACGGUCCGUCCGUGAUGGUUCAUUUCCUGCACAGCGGCUCGACUGACGGCUUCAGCGCUCCGCCGCAAUCAGCUGCGAUACCCCGCGUGGUACGUCGAGGGUCCGACGAGUCCGAGAUCGAGGACACGGAGCCAUCGAGCAUCGACCACUUGCUGCUGCUGUGUCACGGCGUGGGUUCGGCAUGCGACAUGCGGUUCAGGUCCGUCGAGGAAGUGGUGGAUGACUUCAGAGCCACCAGCCUUCAGCUGGUCCAGUCCCACUACAGGAACUCGUUCGACAAUGGUGCAGUCAGCAGGAUCGAGGUCCUCCCAAUAUCUUGGCACGCCAGUCUCCACUCGGGCGAGACCGGCGUGGACAAGCGUCUCGCUCAAGUCACCCUGGAUAGCAUACCGAAGCUGAGAUCCUUCACCAACGACACCGUGCUGGACGUCCUGUUCUACACCAGCCCGGUGUACUGUCAGACAAUCAUCGACACUGUCUGCAAGGAGUUGAACAGGAUAUACGGAAUGUUCCUUAAGCGGAAUCCUGAAUUCAGAGGGGGGGUCUCGUUGGGGGGACAUUCUCUGGGCAGCGUCAUACUCUACGAUCUGCUGUGCCACCAAACGGCCAAGGUGUCCAGGUCGACGGAGAAGGUUUUCGUGGUGGGCAGCGCGGGCACGGGACAGUCUUCCGUGAAGUAUCCCAAUCUGGACUUUGAGCCGACCGCACUGUACGCCCUGGGAAGCCCUAUAGCCAUUUUCGAAUGCAUCCGCGGCGUCGAGUCGCUCGGCCUGGACUUCGCAUUGCCGACGUGUCGAAAAUUCUUCAAUAUAUUCCACCCUUACGAUCCGAUAGCGUACAGAAUCGAGCCGCUGAUAAAUCCCGGACUGAAGAACGUGAAACCGGAGCAGAUACCGCACCACAAGGGAAGGAAGAGGAUGCACCUGGAACUGAAAGACACCAUGGCCCGCGUCGGGGCUGAUCUGAAGCAGAAAUUCAUUGAUUCGCUGAAGACAACGUGGAACAAAUGGAAACCUCAAUCGACCGAGGAACAAUUGGAGAAGGUAGUCGAAGAAAUUGAAAAAGAUCAAUUGUUUGAUGAAAGGGAAGACGGUUCAAGCAAUGCGACGCGCGAGAUGCUCGGCAAGCUGAACGAGGGUCGCCGGAUCGACUACGUGCUACAGGAGGCGCCGCUCGAGGUCAUCAACGAGUACCUGUUCGCCAUGACCAGCCACGUCGGAUACUGGGAGUCCGAAGACACGAUGCUGCUGAUGCUGCGCGAGAUCUACGCGGAGAUGGGAGUCGAUCCGGACUCCACGGUCCCUCAGCAGAGCCUCACGGUACAGAGGACGAGACUCCAGAGACAGGACGGAGUGAUUGCGCGCGAGAGUCCGACGACAAGUCAUAGCGCCGUGUGAAGGACCCCCCUCCCUGGUCCCAUCCUUCGGUCCCCCUGGUCCCCUACCCCGAUCCCCCCACCCCGUUUGGUAAAGUCUGUUAACAAAACAAUCUACAAUGAGAUACCGCCCCGAGACCUGUCCCAUUAGCGGAGACCGACGUUGAUAUGGAUAUGAACGUUGCUGUCCAUGGGCUCUGGACCUGUUGGCUGUUUGUGACGCCAGACAAACCGAGAGCUCGUUUGUUCGGACGAUUCUCAAAAAAAAUUUUUUUAUAAAAAAAUCGACGUGGGUAUGUUAAAGCGCUGACACAAAUAAGUAUGUAAAAUAAAAUAGUUAAAAGAAAAAAAAAAAAGAAAAAUUAUCAAUCAAUACGUAAAAAAAAAAAAAAAACGUAAAAAUAUUAUAUACUAUUAUCUUGUUUCUAUAUGACCAAUGUAACGGAUUCGUUGAUGGCUGAUUAUUGAACAAAAAAGCAAAUAUUCAAUGAGCAUAUGUAACUUGUAUAUAAAUACACAUAUACAGGAUGUUGCUAUAUACAUUCUAUGAUUAUUAUAUACAAUAAAUCAGGUAUAGAAUGGUUUUUCAUUGUGUAAAUGGCUGAAGGCACUCACGGCUCGCUUAAUGAGAAGCCUGGACCCACUUAAAUCAAUUAAUAUAUAUGUCCACUAAUGAAGUGGAUAUCGGAACUCACUUAUCAAUAAUUACAAUUUGACUUUACUACAAAAACUAUCGUAUCGAGGGGUGAUAAGCUGUUUGGGGUAAACUACAUUUUUGGUAACUUCACAAGAGAGCCAUUUAAAGUAUAUUUGCAAAGUAUAUCAGCAUUUGGUAAAUAUAUAAUAACAAAAAAAAAGCUUCAGCUAUGCGAAUGGAGUAAACUUAAUUGAAGUUCAAUUAAAAAUAUCAAACUGUUGAUGCUAAUA